CAACAAGUCCUUAGAUCCUCAUAUUCUUCUCCUCCAUUUUCAUCUGUGAUCUGUUUAAUCUUUUUGGCAAAAGUAGAGAGAGAUAAAUAGGCAAUGGCUAUUCGUUUGCUUGGUAUUUUACAUGCAAAGCACAUUCUCCGCAGAUCCAACUCAUUUGCCAAGCAAGCAGCUUCAAUGUCUUCCGAUGUUCCAAAAGGGUACUUGGCAGUAUACGUCGGAGAGGGCGAAAAGAAACGAUUCUUAAUUCCAGUGUCGUUUCUGAACCAGCCUUCAUUUCAAGAAUUGCUAAGUAAGGUUGAGGAAGAAUUUGGUUUUGAUCAUCCAAUGGGUGGUCUCACAAUUCCAUGCAUCGAAGACAUCUUCAUGAAUCUCACUUCUUGCUUGCAUGAGUUGUUGUGAUACGACUCGACAUUCGUGUCAUACUCGAAGAAAGGGCAAGAGCUUCUCCCUCCUGAAUAGCAAGGGAUCUCAUUUACCAUUAUUUUAUACUCACUCCGAGAUAUUACAACUAAUUAAAUUAAAUGAACAGUGACAAUUUUAUAACUCUA